AUGGAGGAAGCAACAAGGGAGCACGUCAGGAUGAACAUGACGAUGAAGAUCGUUGGGAACACUCGGCAGCAUCGGCAUCGAUACGGGCACCCGACGACGGACGCACGCCUUGAAGACGAGGAUGGAAACGACCUUGAUGGGAGCUUUGAUGGGAGCUCUAUCGACACGACCAUUUCGAAGGCCAGAGCCCCUGCUGCUGAGGCCCGUAAGCACAAGCUCAAGACCCUUGUGCCUGCCCCUCGCUCGUUCUUCAUGGACGUCAAGUGCCCCGGCUGCUUCACCAUCACCACCGUUUUCUCUCACGCACAGACCGUCGUCAUCUGCCAAGGCUGCACGACCGUCCUUUGCCAGCCCACCGGUGGCAAGGCGAGACUGACGGAGGGCUGCUCUUUCCGGAGAAAGUAG